ACCUGUUCUCAGUGCCUCAGACACCUUUAACAGCAGCACCUUUAGCAAAGUGGAUCCAUUUUUGCAGUGGAUGCUGGGAUGUAUGUAGUUAUUUGAUUAGCAUCCCAUUAGAAUUUAACCUGGCACUUACCUGCACACCAUCAUUAAAUACCGGACUCUUAAUCAAGAGGACAUGUUUGGUCCAGGCCACAUGGUGUCCACACUCCUUCCUGCAGUUUUUCAUUCUCCUGCAUCUCACUUCUUCCCUGCAAUCCCAACCAGACUGAGUGCUCCACCUCAGUUCCUGAUACCUGGACCCUUUUUCAGCUACGAAGCCCUGAGGAAUUACCUUCAGCCAGAGCCAUGCAAAGAAUCAUUGCUGUUGACCACACAGGCGGUUGGGAUAGGGCCACUAACGGAGCGUGAAGAUGAACAGAGGCCAGUGAAGCAACGGCGUGCACGCGCCAACUACAGCAGCUGGCAGCUGGAGGAGCUGGAGAAAGCAUUCAAAACGACCCACUACCCAGAUGUCUUUAUGAGGGAGGCCCUGGCCCUCAGACUGGAUCUUAUCGAGGCCAGAGUUCAGGUUUGGUUUCAAAACCGUCGAGCGAAGAUGAGGCGGCAGUUAAAAAUCCAGGGCCAGCUUACCCGGCCUCAAAUGAAAAGAAAUGAUGAAUCUUGUGAGCAGGAGAGCACAAUUUUCAUACCAGCAGAAAGUUCCAAGUGCAAAGCUUGGGAGAGACAACAGGAAAGAGAGAUCUACCCAUGGACAAAAGCUCCGGCUUCUUCAGAGGGUUUGCGGAAGCAGCCUGUGACCCUGAGUUUGGGGAAGUGGGCGAGGCAGGAGUGGCCCAGCUCAGAGGAGCUGCGCUCCUGUAGCAUCGCCAAGCUACGGGCCAAAGCCAGAGAGCACGAGGCUGAGAUUCACAGCACUGUAAACAUGUCAGGCAGUGACUCGCAGGCACAAACGCAGGAAACUGAUGCCAUUCUCAGUGACUAAUCAUAUUCCUUCUUCCUGUUUAUACAGAUAAACUCUGGACACCGUCAGCAUACAGCCAUUGUUUGAACUUCUGGGGAAGCAUUUCAUCACUUAGCUAUUAAUAAUUGGGACAUGAAUAAAUAAAUGUAUGAAUAUAUUAACUAUAUACUUUCUACCCAAUUAAUAAAAAAGAAUAAGGGAAUUUAAUUUACUAAAAUCAUACCAAAAUUAUUUUGACUUUGAAUAUAAAUUUCUACAAAAAGGAGUAUUUAAAGGUAAAAUCAUACGAUUUGUGCCUUAAUAAAUUUGAAUAUAUAGGCCAAUGUAUUGUUUUUUGUGAAAGUGUUCCAUUUUUUGUCCAAUAAUAUGAAAGAAAAGUGAACAACAUUUGAUUAUAUGUAAAUUCUAACCCCCUGAAAUGAUGCUCAGAUUGGAUAAUUUUUAAUUAGCUUGUAUUUAACAACUAAGGAGGGAGGUUCGAAUUGCUUUUUUUUUUAGUCUCUAUUUAAAAUAUUAAGAAGCACAGUAUAAUAGAAGUGAACUCUGGGAUAUAUUAUCACAGUUAGUGUUUAGGUCUCUGUAUACAGGAUAAAAUAUUGUUUUUGUAUGCUUACAAUGAAGAAAAAACUCA